AUGAUUAAAAAUGUUUUGAGAAUCAUAACAAAAACGAAAAAUUUGUCAAAACUAUCUUUGUAUCUUAAUGAAAAUAUAAAUAUUAAUUAUUUACGUGUAAGUACUGGUGGUGCUCGUUUAAAAAUGCUUGAUAAUCUAACGAAUUAUCAAACAAAUCCACGAUUUGAUGAAAUUCGACAAAAUCAACUUAUUACAACAGGACCUUUAAAUAAGUAAGAUUA